CUUGAAGAAACUAUUCAGCUAUAUAUGUAUAUAGAGUAGCUACUGGUGAAAUCAACGCUGCCACCUAAAAUAACAGUGCUGCCGUUUGCAUGUUUAUGGUAACGAAAUACAUAGAUUUGUACAUGCAUCGGUUUGAGCACUCUAGCAACCUGCGUAGAGAGUUGAUGAUCUUGACAAAAGAUCGACGCGUUGGUUAGUGAUGAAGUUGCUACGAAACAGGCAACAGGACAUACGCAACGAAUUGGUUUCGUUUCGGAAAUGUAUAAUUAUUAUUCGCCCAUCAAUACAAUGGCAGUUUUUUUUGUUUUUGUGGAAUUUGUUCAUGUGCAUAUCAAAAAACCAAAUAAAUAAAUACUAAAUUAAAAAGUGUGCUUGGAUUUUGUUUCCAAAAACAAACAGUUAAUAAUAAUAUUAGUGCAAGACAAUUUGUGUGAAAAAAAGUUUUAACUAAAUGUUUAAAAUUGUUUUGGAAUUCUACCAACUAUUUAAGUGGAUAGAAAUUCCAAAAUUUAAAGACUUGAACUUGGAAGCUAAAAACAAUGACAAUAAAUGAAUUUGCCAUGCACAGGCCCUUCUUCAAUGGAUUUGCCACCUUGCAAGAUACGGGGCAAGGCCGCGUCAACCAAUUGGGUGGUCUCUUCAUAAAUGGGCGGCCGCUGCCCAACAACGUGCGUUUAAAGAUCGUGGAAAUGGCCGCUGAGGGUAUACGACCAUGCGUAAUUUCCCGACAGUUACGCGUUUCGCACGGAUGUGUUUCGAAAAUUCUAAAUCGCUACCAGGAGACCGGUUCGAUACGUCCGGGUGUUAUCGGUGGUUCUAAGCCGCGCAUCGCGACACCAGAAAUAGAGAAUCGCAUUGAAGAGUAUAAACGCCAAAAUCCCAGUAUUUUCUCUUGGGAAAUACGAGAUAAAUUGAUACGUGAUGGUAUAUGUGAUCGCACUACAGCACCUUCUGUCUCGGCUAUUUCUCGUUUGGUACGUGGACGCGAUGCAAAUGCCGAUGAUGAGGAGCAAAAGACUUGCUCCGGUUCGGAGCAUUCACAAAAAUUGUCCGGGGAGGACGUUUCUGAUUGCGAGAGUGAACCGGGUAUCGCUUUGAAGCGCAAGCAGCGUCGUAGUCGCACUACCUUCACCGCCAUGCAACUGGAGGAAUUGGAACGUGCUUUUGAGCGUACACAAUACCCAGACAUUUAUACGCGUGAGGAGUUGGCACAACGCACGAAUCUUUCCGAAGCACGCAUACAGGUGUGGUUCAGCAAUAGGCGUGCACGUUUACGAAAACAAAAUACUUCUGGCCCAUCAACGGGGGGCGACAGUGCUAAUGGCAUGGCCGGUGGCUAUGGGUCUAAUCAACUUCCACCCGUUGGUGCCGCAGGCAUGAUGCCGACAGUAUCUUCAGAGGCCACUGCAAUGGCUGCUGCGUAUCAGCAACAGAUGUAUGACUUCUAUGUCGGACAUUCCACAGCGCCUGCUUCAGGUACUGGUUCGAUAACGCCACCACAGCAAUUUUACAAUUCUACCUCUAGUUAUAGCUUGCCACAGCAUAACUUGCUAAGUGCCGGUCCAACUUUGUCAUCAGCGAGCAUAACUCAACACAGCAGUGAUAUUGGAGUACCAAUACAUUCGCAAUACCAAUCAAACUCACCGUUGAUGCGCCCAAAUCACUGCAACAACAACACCAUGAAUUCAUGCCAAAGCAAUAACGAUCAGAAUCCGGCUUACACAGCAGAAACGGCGGCGAACUCUAAUCAGGUGAUGCCACGCAAAGAGAGUCCAAAUGCAUCUACAUUCGGCGUCAACGGUAAUACUAAUAGCAUACAAAUACCUCCUACACCCAAUAACAUAACGACCGCCAUUGGCACUGAGCAGCAUAAUGUCAGCGCUGAUAAUAUGGGCAAUCCCUCCAAGGAAUUGCAAAAUAAAAUGCAAACGGAAACACAGCAAAUGCAGCAUCUUUAUGCCAGCUGGAAUGCAUCAAUCGCACAACAAUCAUCUUCGAAUGAUAACAUUGGCGCAACACGUCCCACAGCAUCACACUCGCCCGAAGAUUCGUUGAAUUCGAGCACCUCACAAGCGCCCGAAUUGGCAGCGCAUGUAUUCCACCUUCAUCAAGAUUUUACUCCACCUCAUUCUCAAUACACAUCGCCUUCCUUUCACAUGCAUCCACAUGCGCACCAUCAAGCUGCGCCAUAUGCCACAUCGCAUUUAGGUUUUCAUCACAACUCGACGGUCGGCAAUAUGGGCUCCGCGACAGGUGGCAGCUCAUCCCACUUUAUGCAGCAGAAUUUCGGGAGCACAGGAUUUAGCUCGUCCCCAAAAAUGAACUACCCCACGGUGCCGCAGCCAUUAUAUCAUUCCUGGUACUAAGUUAUAAUUGAAAUUUUCGGAUUUAGUAAUGGAUACAUACAGUACGCAGCAACGAGUCAAAUCGCACCAUCAACUUUUUCUAUUCUUGUCAACGAUCAGUUGUUAAGGCCUAGUGAAACGAUCACCAAUAUUAAAUUCAAGAGCAGCUCCCACAGCCUUCAUGAUUAGAAACUUGGUCGGGCGAGGAACAGGGCUUAAGAGCCAUUCUGGAAGAGUUUCUUAUCGAAAUAUUCGCGUUGAAAAUAACAUAGGAGCUGGUUCCGUUAUUUUUUAUGGACUAUUAUGAGGCUAUUUAAAGGAUAAAGAAUUCUUUAAUACGAGGGCGGAUCAAUAAGUCCGUGACUUUUUGUAUUUCUGACCUCUUUACUGGAAAAGAAAUACUGCUCCUGUCAACAGGCAUCUGCCAGUUGACUCCUGUCAAAAUUUGAUCGUGCUGCGUCAGUUAGUUUGUGUUUUGCAGCUACCUUUAUCAGACUACCCAGUAAUUCACAGUCGACCACAAACGCAAUCGUGUAACAACUUCAGAGGAAGGUUUGGCGUUGUUUAAUCGCAAUAUGGAGGAGUUUUUUGCGCCGUUUUGUAACCGUGGACGAAACAUGGAUCCAUCACCACACACCAGAGACCAAACAACAGUCGAAGCAGUGGGUUUCUAAGGGUGAAUCGGCUUAAUAAGCACACGAAAUUCAGUUUUUUCCAUUUUCUCCUCAAAUUACUGGGUAGUCUGAUGAAGGUAGCUGUAAAACACAAACUAACUGACGCAACACGUUCAAAUUUUGACAGGAGUCAACUGACAGAUGCCUGUUGACAGGAGCAGUAUUUCUUUUUCAGUAAAGAGGUCAGAAAUACAAAAAGUCACGGACUUAUUGAUCCGCCCUCGAAUUUUCUGUACAUAUCGAUAAGUUUACAAUUAAAAAAAUCUGUUCAAAAAACUAGCACAGGAAACUAUCAACGUUUAAGUAUCUUUUUGGUACCUUAAGUACCUUUAAGUUUUCAGGUAUUGUUUAUGUAAUAUAGUUUCAUAAGUGAGCCUUUGUCUGAAAAAAACAACAAAUCUUUCUAGCAAAGUGUUAGACCGAUGCAACACGCGGUAGCACUUAUUCAAGAUUUUAAUUUUCGUGACAUUUAAUUUUCAGGUGACAAUAACUGCGCGAUACUGUUGACAAAUUCACGCACUUUAUUUAACAGUUCUCAGUCUUCUUUUACACUUGACCUGCAGAACAUAGGAAAUUUAGCGAAUUAGGGGGAAAGCAACAAAUCAAAAUAUUCACUUAAUUGAUAUGUUGUAAAGUAAAACCAUGAUGCAAAGAAUAAUGAGAUGGCGUCCAUCGUGGUCCCGUUACUUUGCGCUCAGCGAAUUUGACAACUAGUUACGUGAUUUUAGCUCCAGUAUGGCCAGAUUACCAUUUUCGUAACUUGAUUUAGCAUUUUUUUUUGUUAAUUUUAUUAUUUUUUGUCUCGGAGUUUUAGUUCUUUCUUCAUGACAUUUUUCUAGCUGUUCUAAUUAAAAUGUCAUGUUUAUAAUUUUGUGAAAUAUACAUUUUUUAAUAAUUAUUUAAAUAAUUCACUCAGUUUUAUUUAGCUUUACUUUUUUUUAACAUCUGGUGGCAUUGCCCGCGAUUGCCGGUGUUGUUGGUGUUCUUCUGCUUUCGGCAGUCAAAUCUCUCUCUCGCUACUGCAGAGUUGCCUAGCUUUGGAUAUAAAAACGCACUAAAUGCCCAUUUAAAGAAAAUAAAACACGAAAUUUUUAUUGUGUUAAGUAAGAACUUUGUAUGCGUGACAAAUUGUCUGUAGAAUGUGCGUUUUUUUUAAAUAAAUGUGUUAUGCUUAU